GGCCCUUCGUUCCGGACCACCACCACCGUCUGCCAUCAUCGUCAUCGCCGUCCUCGUGGCACAUUCUCGCGUUAUCGGACCAGGGAUAUCGCAUUGAAGUACAUGUUGCUCCUUCGUUGUUGUCGAAAAUUCCGUUUUCUGACGCCAAGACCUCGCUUUUCAUCGUCUGCAGCAGCCAUGGGUGCGACUGUGAACACGACCGAGAGGCUAGCCAAGCUCAGAGAGCUCAUGGGAAAGAAGGAGAACGAUAUCAAUGCGUACGUUGUCGUAAGUGAGGACCAACACGGCAGUGAAUACAUCGCGGAAUGUGAUGAGCGGCGGGCAUUUAUAUCUGGAUUUAAUGGAUCUGCUGGAUGCGCAAUCAUCACGCCCAAGGAUGCCUUGUUAUUUACUGACGGCAGAUACUUCUUGCAAGCGGAGAACCAGUUGGACAAGAAUUGGAAGCUGAUGAAACAGGGGUUACCUGAUGUACCGACCUGGCAAGAUUACCUGACCAAGCAUCUCGAAGAAUCCUCACGGAUCGGUAUCGACGCGACCCUCAUCACCGCCGAAGACGCCUCUUCUCUCUCAAAGAAUCUGUCACCUCGCAAAUCGACGCUCGUCUCUCUACCUCAAAAUUUGGUGGAUCAAAUCUGGACAGAUCGCCCUGCACGAACCAAGAAUCCGAUUGUUCAUCUCGAGGAAAAAUUCUCUGGCGAAUCCCACGAAUCUAAACUUGGGCGUCUGCGUGACGAGUUGAGAAAGAAACAAUGCGCGGCGAUCAUACUUACGGCUUUGGACGAAAUUGCUUGGUUGUAUAACCUGCGCGGAUCGGAUAUCGACUUUAACCCAGUUUUCUUUGCGUAUGCAGUCGUUACGAUGGACAGCGCAACACUGUUUGUUCAAGGAGGUGCACCGGCAGAUGUUGAUGUCAAGUCUUACGAGGAAUUCUGGACCUUCUUGAAAGAGUUCAAGUCGGAAGGCAAAGUUUUAGUCACGGACAAAUCCAGUUUGGCGGUAGCCGAGACUGUUGGAAAGGACAACUACACCCUUCUACCAUCUCCCGUGUCUUCAUUGAAGUCGAUCAAAAACGCAACAGAACUCGAGGGAUUCAGGCAGAGUCACAUUCGUGAUGGCGCAGCUUUGGUGAAAUACUUCUCUUGGCUCGAAGAUCAGCUCAAUCAAGGGAAGAAGCUAUCGGAGUGGGGUGCUGCAGGCAAGCUGGAAGAGUACCGAGCUGAGCAAGGUCUGUUUAAGGGUCUAAGCUUUCCUACCAUCUCGUCGACCGGCGCCAAUGCUGCUAUCAUACACUAUUCUCCGGAUUCGAAGGAUUCUGCCAUUAUUAAUAAGGAAGAGGUCUACCUGUGCGAUUCAGGAGGUAUGUCUAGAUAUUCAUCCCGGUUCAUUGCUCAUUGCAUUCAUCGUGCAGCUCAAUUCUUCGAUGGUACGACCGACGUGACUCGAACAUGGCACUUUGGUACACCGAAGCCGGAGGAAAUUCGUGCAAACACUCGAGUUCUCCAGGGUCAUAUCGCGAUCGAUACUGCUGUAUUCCCUAAUGGUACGACUGGCUACAUUAUUGAUUCAUGGGCAAGACGAGCGCUGUGGCAAGACGGACUCGACUACAGACAUGGUACCGGCCAUGGAGUAGGCCACUUCCUCAACGUCCAUGAAGGACCUCAUGGAAUUGGCACCCGCAUCGGUUUGAACGCGAAUGCACUUAAGCCUGGCAUGACGGUGUCGAAUGAACCUGGUUACUAUGCCGACGGGAAGUUUGGCAUUCGGAUAGAGAACAUCGUAUUGGUCAAGGAGGUUCAGACGCUAAAUAAUUUUGGGAAUAAGGGGUACCUAGGUUUUGAGCAUGUCACGAUGUGUCCGAUUCAUAAGAAAUUGGUGGAUAAAACAUUACUGACUGCAGAAGAAACGAAAUGGCUUAAUGAUUAUCAUGAAGAAGUGUGGCAGAAGGUGUCACCGUUGUUGGAAGAUGACAAGCGAGCUUUAGAUUGGUUGAAGCGGGAAUGUUCGCCCAUUUAAUCGGAGGUCUUAAGGAAUACUGUAUGUAUUUUUACACGGGAGGGGAAACUACGAGUCAUUUUUGUUUUCUGUCUUCUUGAGCUGGUCUCUUAGCCUGUGGAAGCAAUCGAUUCAAUGUAUGCUUCGGUUGCGGCGCUUCUGGUACAACAUCAGCGCUAUAUUCUGGACAGUGCUGACCGACUCUUUCUUUUGCAGUUAAUCUAUAAACUUGAUGCAUUGAUGGUUCGAAACUUCGAUUUGUUUACCGAAGCCCAUGGAAUGCUCUGAACUGCAGCGUUGUUACCUCCACCCAAGAAGAUACGAACAGCAUUUAAUGACGAAAAUCAUGUGUACGCGGCAGAGUUAAAUUACAGAGUAG